AUGGCUAAUAUUGAGGAUACUUGUAUAUCAUUAACUAAUCCUAUUGAAGCUGAUUCUUCAUCGGCUACUAAACUGAGUGAUUCGCUGGAUAUAGUUAUAUUACCUUCUACAACGACAAUUACUACUAAUUCAAAUGUUUCCAACAACAAAGAAAUUCAUCCAAGAAGUGUUAAAAAACAAAAGAUUGCCGAUAAUAUACUAUUAUCUAACAUCAGUCGUCGACUAGCCAUACGAAAAAACUUACAUAAACGACUUUCUUUCGUAACUGAUAUCAUGUGUUUUCUUGGUAUUUUGGGCAUUAUUCUUAUGAUUAUUGAAAAUGAAAUAAAAUUUUCACAAAUCAAUAAUAAUGAUACCAUGUCGAGUUGGUGUAUCAAAAUAGUUAUUAGUUGUUCAACGAUUAUUCUCAUUGGAUUUAUCUUUCAAUAUCAUCGUUUAAAGUUAUUUCUCUAUGCUGUUAAUAAUUCAAUUCAAGAUAGUCGUGUUACACUCACAAACAGAAAAAUAUUUUUAAUUAUACUUGAAAUAUUGAUAUGUGCUAUACAUCCUGUACCUCACUCUAUUCCUCCUUAUUUGAAAGCAUCAUUAAAUAAUAUAGAUUCAAAUUCAUCCACAUCUACUCCUUAUAUUUUGUCUUAUAUAGAUAUCGAUGUGGCACUUGGUUUACCAAUGUUUGCUCGUUUUUAUUUGAUUUGUCGUUCAAUUGUAUUUCAUUCUCAUCUAUUUCGUGAUUCAUCAUCACGAUCUAUUGGUUAUCUUAAUAGAGUAUCAAUUGAUUUCUUGUUUCUUAUUAAAACUUAUCUUGAACAAUGGCCGAUAGGUUGUUUAACGACACUUUGUUUAAUUUUCUUCAUUGUUGGAAGUUGGUGUUUACGUGCAUGUAAUUAUUUACCAACCAAUGAACAUGUAUCGUUUCUCGAUUCAAUGUGGUUAUUCGUUGUAACAUUUACUACUGUUGGGUAUGGAGAUUUUACACCAUCCACAUAUUGUGGACGAAGUAUUACUGCUAUAAUCAGUAUGGUUGGUGUCUUUUCUACUGCUCUUGUUAUUGCUGUUCUGGCACAACAACUUCUAUUGGAUCGAUGCGAAAAAUAUGUGCAUAAUUUUGUAAUGAAUAUUGAAUUGGCAAAAGAGCACAAAAUACAAGCAGCAAAUGUUGUUAAAUUUGCAGUAAAAGUUUGGUAUAUAGAAAAUAAAAAUAUAUCUUUAUCAUCUAUUCGAUAUCUUCAAGUACGACGACGACUAUUUCAAGCAAUACAUUUGGUUCAACAAGUUAAACAAGAACGAGGAAAAUUAAUUGACAAUCGUAUUGAUCAAAUCGAUCUAUUAACUAUGCAGCGUAAAACAAAUGCUCAAACAUAUGAAACUAAAGAACAAUUGAAGACAAUGAAAGUUAAAAUUGAUAACAUAGAAGAAAAACUUAUUGAGAUGAACACGAAUAUAAACAAUACAGUGAACGAUAUACAAAAAACAUUGAAUAUCUUGUCGGCAGAAUUUUUAAAAUAA